AUGCUCAAACCAGAAUGGAGAACAGAUGAGCCAGCCUGGCUGGUGGAAUUCGAACGGCUCGUCCAUGCAGCCGUGAACAUUGGUGCCAUCGCAUUCGGAAUACAUGCGGCGAUCUUCGCCAUUUGCACGUACCACUUCACUAAGGCGAAGAGGUUCCCUGUCCUUCAGCAACUUUACAUCACAAUCUUGUUUUUGUUGGCGGGUGUGACGAUUGGGUGUAAUAUUGGGCACAACCAGUUGACGUGGAUUGAUUAUCGAAGUUACCCUGGAGGCCCUGGCGCCUUCAUCCAGGAACAACAAGGGCACUUCGUCAACACUAUUGGAAACUCGGCAGGACUGACGUUGGCGUUCAUGGUAGAUUCAUUGUUGAUUUAUCGCGCCUUCGUCGUCUGGAACAGCAACUUUUACGUCAUUAUCCUCCCCUCCCUCCUGCUCAUCGCUUCCACAGUAAUGGCAAUCCUCCAAACCAUCGCUGCCUCCCUCCCCGAAUCGGCGCUCUGGAACGAGCGAGCGGUCCAAUUCGGACUCCCCUACUUUGCGCUCUCGAUGACGAUCAACAUGCUCGUCACGGUCAUCAUCAUCUCGCGGCUGCUCCUCGCCAGGAGGCAGAUCCGGCAGGUCAUGGGCUCGCAGCACGGGAAGGAGUACACGGGUGUGGCGGCGAUGCUGGUGGAGAGCGCUGUCCCGCCCGCGUUGGUCAGUAUCGUGCUCAUUGCACUCUAUGCGGAGGGUAUCCUCGCCCAGGUGCUGUUCUAUCCUUUGUUGCCCCAGGUGCAGGCUAUUGCACCGCAACUCAUUUUCAUCCGGGUUAUGCGUGGACGGGCGUGGAAUAAGAAUACGGCUAACCAGGUGUCGACGGGUGUGAGGUUUGGAACGGCGACGGGGACGGGGAUGUCGUCUGGUCCUUCCGCUACCCUCAACUCGUCGAAGCGCGGUCUUGGAGGCUGGAAAGACUCCGAUGAGAAGGCGUCGUCGUCGAUUAAUGCUAAUAGGUCGGCGUCGGAUGUUAACGUCUGA